AUGCCAAUGAUCUACCGCCGCAACAGGGGGCUCUCGCCCACGCGGGAGCUGGACGACGUGACGCGAGGUGUUAAACCCAUGGGCCUGGACUCGGACCCGUCGUUCCUGGGGCGCACGCGGCGCUGGUGGAGGGGGCGCAGCGUGCUGCUCGCGUCGCAGCGAGUGUACCAGACCAUGUGGCUCGCCGCGCUUGUUUACGCAUUCCUCGGGUUGCCAGUGCUCGGGCGGGUGUUAAACUUUGCGCGCUUCGUGCAUCGCUUCAGCGCGCCCAAGAUCGUGCAGGGGCUUUUUGCCGGCUUGCUGCAAGAUGUCGCAAUCUUUUUGCAGGCCUCGACUUGCAUUUGCCUGGUUAAGGUCUUAUUCGACGCGGACAAUUUCACGCCGCAAGGGCUCGUGGCGGCAAACAACGCGAGGAGUUUCCCCAACAGCGGAUUUUUAAGGGAACGCGGCAACAGCGCCAGAUUUUUGCCGGUUUACAUGCCGGUACUGGCCAAUGAGUACGAUUUAAGAGACGAAGGCAUGGAGGCGUUGGCGUCGGGCGUGGCAACGAACCACCGGACGCUGCUGAGUUUAGGUGCGGCGGCGAAUCGACCGGCGCUGGUGGCAAGAGCGCAGAGAGCGCUCCACUCGGUGGUGAUUUUGGCGCUGUUGCAGAUUAUUCUCGUGGUGGCAACGAUCGCGAGUGUGGCGGAUUUUUGCCUGCAGGUGACGAUGCACCCGAGAUUAAACCGCGCGUUCGUCAACAUUUUCUUCAACUACAUGAAGCAGUUCACGGCCUCCCUGACGGACGAGGAGGUGAUGACCAGGACGGUGGUGGGGUCGUGGGCCUUCUACUUGGCGCUGAUUGCAGCGUUGACGUACGGAUUUUACACGGGCAGAUUGCCGCUUGCCUCGGAUUUUCUCCGUCUGCCGAGCGCGCUGUGCUGCUGCUUCGAUAGAAGGUAUAGCGCUCGGAAGGACUCGAUGAACUCUUCAAUAUCCACGACCUCGGGGUCGUACAUGUCCGAUCUGUUCGCGUCUUACUGGAACCGCGCAGGAAAGCCGACGCGCGCACGAAGACGCAGUAGCCAAGGAUACAGCUAUUUGCCAGGUGCAGGUGCCGGCGGAUGCUCUUCAGGGUACGCAACAGCGUUUGCCUCGACCUCGUCGCUCUGCUCAACAGGAUACGGAUCGUACACCAAGUCUGGGCCGCUGACGAUUUUGGCUCGCUGCAUUCUCGCCAGUGUGAUGAUGACGGGUGUUGCGCUGUCGGCCUCACUGCUGGUUGAUGGCAAGGGUGGCGUGGAUAUGAAGCUGAUGAACAACGCCAUGUUUACGUUGCAGACCGAGCAGUUCUUCUACCGCCCGACGACAAUCCACCGCGAGGAGAUUAACUGCACUGCUGCGAGUAGUGCACUGCGGUCGACGCUGGAUGUGUCUGAGAAGUACGAGCUGGACAAUCUUGGGAACGAUGACCACUGCGCGUUGCUGUGGCGCAAGACAACAGGAUACGAAGGCGACAACCUCUUUGAGCUGAAGCUGAACGCAACGAACGCUACGGCUGACACCAGCUCUGAAGAGAAGCCCACCAAAGUGCAGCCCAACAUUAUCGUACUCAACAUGGAAUCCUGGAGGCAUCUGGACGUCGGCGUCCUCGGUGGCGCUGCCAAGAAGGAGACGACAGGCAAGAGCGCAACGCCGCGCUUCGACGAGCUCGCGAAGACUGGCGUGUUGUACAGCAAGCACUACACCCAGUGUGUGCAGACCACGCGCACAUUGCUGACGACUCUGUUCGGCAUGCUGCCGUCGUGCACAGAGACCACUGCACUCAAACAGUACAGUGCAACGCUCAACGUGCGUGGACUUCCGCACUUCUUAAAGGAACGCGGAUACUUUAACCUCUUCUGGAGUGCUGUCGACCUCACGUGGGAGUACUGGGACAAGUUCCUGCUGAAGAAUGGGUUCGACAAGCUCGUGGACGACCGCAAAAUCCGCAAGAUGCUUCACGAGACGCGCAACUACAAGAACACGCCGGACGACCACUUCUCCUGGGGCAUGCACGACCACCUGUCCUUCGAGAUGCUGCUGUACGCGAUUGAGUCAGCGCACAAUGCCAGCGUCAACUCUACUGCUGGCUCGGUUGCUGCUGCCAAGGGACGACACUAUCACGCCACUCACUCCACUACCAUGCCGACGAAGCCACCGCUUCCUGGCUGGGAAGGACUCCAGACGCCGUACUUCAUCGACAUGUACAGUAUUACGAGUCACAAUCCGUGGGCUCUGCCGGAUUUCUACGAUGUGCCAGACCUCUCGGGGCUGUACACGCGGUACAACAAGAAGUACCUGGACUCCAUGUACUUCUCCGACGAGAUGCUGGGCGACUUUAUUGCUGCGCUGCGUGCCAAGGGCCUGAUGAAGAACACCAUCGUGAUUAUCGAGGGCGACCACGGCUACGGGCGUCUGGAGCACGACAACAACCCGUCCAUCGCAGACUCAGGCGUGUGGGAUGAGGCGUCCAGAGUUCCAUUCCUCCUGCUGGCCGAUGACUUCCUUCUCGAGGCAGACAAGGGCACAGUGGUGAACCAGUUGACGAUGCAGUCCGACCUCAUGGCCACGAUUGCAGACAUCCUGGGUGUCACGCCGGAGGAGCCGCUUUACCAGCACGGAUACGGUCACUCCAUGAAGCGCCGUCGCGUUCAGUCAGAGGCACAAGCCGAAGCGCAAGCUCUGGCAGCCCAGACCGUGAAAGACAAGGACGCAGAGGUCAAGGACUCGGAGGCGGAAGCCCUGGCAGCCGAAGCUCGGGAAAGCCCGGAGGAACGACGCGUCGUCAUGUGCAACCCGUUCAACGGCAUAAGCAAGGGCGUUCGCACUGAGGAGCUCAAGUACAUCUUCCACCCGGAUGGCUCUUACAACGUGUUCGAGCCAGCGAUCGAUCCGGCGGAGAAGAAGCCGCUGCGGACGGGCUUUGACAUCGAGGAGAUGGACGACGCCACGCGCGACGUGUUCGAGUACGUGACCAAGGCCGUGGACCUGAACCAGUUCCUGUUCGAGGCCAACCGCUUCAUGACGCCGAUGGCUACGCCCGCUACCCCGGCCCCACGCUUCAAGAGUACGGACGACGCAGCGCAGUACUACCGCAUGCGGAGAUCCCACGCGCAGAACGGCACGCUGGACGUCUCGGACGAGCAGGUCGAGCCGAAGCAGCCGCGAGGCCCGCCAGCCCCCGUGAACUCGCCCUAG